AUGGCAGCAGAGGUUGUUCUCGCUGGCCCAAGUAAGACUGAAAAACUUGGAACACCUGGUAGAAUGUGUUUGUACUCAUGCAUGGAAGGUAUGGAGGAUGCUAUGUAUGAUUACGUUCCACCUGAAGAAGCUGAGUACUACGGUUCUUAUUGUUUGUAUCCCCCAGCCAUUGGUACUAUGACAGUGUGUGCAGCAAACUUUUUCGGGGCGUACUCAAAGAACUUCAAUGGUACGAUCAAGGCGAUGGUUGAUAUCUGUGCUCUUUACGGUGGUUCGCAUUAUGGGAAGGACUAUUACUAUGAUCAAUAUGCAAACGCAACUAAUUAUCUUGAGUCGAUUGAAGGUGUUAACCUUACCAGCACAUACAUAUACUCUCCAUUCAGUAUUCCAAAGAAUGAGACCCAGGUUUACUACAAGUAUUAUCAGAGUGUGUACUAUAACUGGGAUAUGCCUAGUAUGUUUGCAGGUAUCUUCUAUUGCUACUUCAUCUUUGUUUUCCUGAUC